UGGGACACAGAGGACAGGAGCAUGGCCAGCCUACAGACCGCGCUCCUGGCUGUCCUGAUCCUUCUGGCUAUGGCGCUUCAAGCAACUGAGGCGGGCCCUUAUGGAGCCAACGUGGAGGACAGCAUCUGCUGCCGGGACCACAUCCGUCACCCCGUGCCCCUGCGGUUGGUGAAGGGUUAUUACCAGACUUCACACUCCUGCCGGAGGCCUGGCGUGGUCCUGCUAACCACCAAGGGCCGGCAGAUCUGCGCCCAUCCCGAAUCGCACUGGGUGAAGAGGAUUCUCCAGAGGCUGGUCUUUUGAGGAAGGGUCCUGCCCUGAUGACUGUGGCCUUGGCUCCUCCAGAAAGGCUCCUGGAUCCCUACCUUCCUGCCAUUACAGCUGCUCCCUGGCCAAAGACUCUGCGCUCCCUGAUCUCCAGCCCUGCAGCUGUCAUCCUCCAUGCCACAGCUGUCACUCUCUUCUCCCCUCUUCCUCCUCUAACAUCCUCUGUCCUCCUGUAGCCAGAGGGUCCACAGCUCUGGUCAGUCACUCCCCUGCUCCAAGCCCUUCCAUGGCUCCCCAUUGCCCGAGGCUUGGGUCAGAGCUUCUGAGCCUGGCUCCCCUGCCUCCUGACCCAGUCCCAUCGCAGUCUCCAGCCCCGCCUCAUUUCCCAGCAUGCACAUCGAACUCCAGCUCCCUGUCCUCCAAACCCUUGCCGUAGUACAUUUCUAUGUCUGGGUCCUCACCUGUGUGUUCCUGACACCCACAGUGCCUCCCCAACACCAGCACGUGUCUGACCACCAGCCCUCCAAGGCAUUGCUCAGCCUAAGCAGCCAGUAAUCGAAGUUUACUUUUAUUAUAUUUUCCUUUUAAGCUUACGGUUGGCAGAGUCAAUGUCUGUCACUCUCGGCCAAACAGUCCUAAGAGACACACUAUUUCUAAGUAAUUGAGUUUGGGUUUGUAGACUUCCUCUGACCCUCUGCCC